AUGCCUUCCAAAUCCAUUAAUAUUCCUUCAAACUUUAAUACUCAAUCUGUUCUUGGAUUUCCAUCUCCAUCUUUCCUUUUGAAUCUAUGUAAAAUCUUGGUUGUUGCAGGAUUACUCCUUUCCUCAUUCUCCUUCUUUAUAAUCAACAUUAAUCCAAGUUGUUCUCAUGUCUCAACAAAUUCAUUAUCCAAUCCUUUACAAAAUAUAGUGGUCGCUCCUCCUGCCCCCGAUCCCCCAACCGACAUUGGCGACCUUGUUUUCGGUUUGGUUGGGUCUGUCAAUGCCUGGCCUACUAGAAGACACUAUAUUGAAUCAUGGUGGGUCACCAAUCUCACACGAGGAUACAUGUUUCUCGAUGUUCCUCCCCCGGAGAAGCUCUUGCCUUGGCCUUCUACUUCCCCUCCGUAUCGUGUUUCCGAGGAUAAUUCGGAAACCAUCUUGAAAUUCACCAAGCAGAAUGAUACCAUGGUUAGGAUUGCUCGGAGCUUGUUGGAGACUUUUAAACAAGGGGAUAAAGGGGUGAGGUGGUUUGUUAUGGGGGACGAUGAUUCGAUCUUUUUUCUAGAGAAUUGGAUCGAGUUGUUGAGGAAAUACGAUCAUAAUAAGUAUGUUUACAUCGGUGGGCAUUCGGAGAGUGUGUUGCCGAAUUUUAUACAUUCUUUUGAGAUGGGUUUUGGUGGUGCUGGUGUUGCUUUUAGUUAUCCUCUUGCUCAAGCUUUGGUUCCAAGAUUGGAUGAAUGUAUUAAGAGAUAUCCACAACUUUAUGCUGCUGAUCAAAUGUGGCAAUCUUGUUGUGCUGAUAUUGGAGUUUUCUUAUCUCCACAAAGGGGUAUUCAUCAGAUUGAUUUGCAUGGAGACAUAUCAGGGCUUUUAUCAGCUCACCCGCCGGUUCCCAUUAUUUCACUCCACCACCCCGAGAAGGUAAACCCUUAUUUUCCCAAGUUAGACCGGAAAGACUCCGUGAAUCACCUAAUGAAGGCAGCGAAAGUGGACCAAUCGCGCCUUCUUCAACAAAGCGUGUGCUACAAUAGGGAGAACAGUUGGUCCUUUUCGGUGGCUUGGGGCUAUUCCGUUCACAUAUAUGAGGCAAUGUACCCAAUGAGCAUUCUACAAAAGCCAUUAGAAACCUUCAAACCUUGGGUGAUAAAGAACGUAGUCCCGCCUUUCUUCAUCUUUAACACGAGAUGGCCAGUUCGAGAUCCUUGUUUGGCUCCUCAUGUUUUCUAUAUGGAGUCGAUUGAGGAUGGUGCCGAGGAUGAUUUGAUCGUGACCACAUACAAGCGAGAGGGACCAAGAGGGUUGCAUGCUUGUUUGGCUAAUGGGAACCAUUCUGCUGAUUAUGUAUCCAACAUUAGAGUUUACUCUUCAUCUACAAAGCUUAAAGGGGAAAGUAGAAGAGAUUGUUGUGAUGUUGUAAGUUUGGAUGAAUCAAACUUAGUUGAGAUCAAAUAUAGGGAAUGCUUGAAGGAUGAAGUUGUUGCUUGA